AUGGCGAAGUUUGAUGGUGAUGAGAGCUUUCUGAUCAAAUCUACGAAAGGAGCACAGCUUCUAAUGUUUAAUCAGAUUUUCACGAAAGCUGUUACGUUCUUGUUAAACAACCUUUUGAUUAGAUACCUGUCACCUCGAGUUUUUGGAAUUAAUGCAUUUUUGGAGUUUUUGAUCUCAACAACAUUGUUCUUCAGUCGUGAAGCCAUUCGGUUAUCUACUCUGAGGAUCAAGCCCGUCAAGUCUGCAGACGGUGAUGAAGAGGGCGACGAACUGGAUUCCAAAACCUUGCAAACCGUGGUGAAUUUUGCUAGUGUAUCAAUUGCCAUUGGUAUCCCAUUAUCGAUAGCAUUGAUCGCAUGGCAAUGUUCUAAUUUGAACGAAUUUUUCCUGUCGUUGCCUUAUUUCAAAGCUGCCAUUUUACUUGUAUGGUUGAGUAUUAUCUGCGAACUCUUAAGUGAACCAUUUUUCAUUGUGAACCAGUUUAUUCUAAACUAUGAAGUCAGAAGCAGAUUUGAGACCAUAGCAGUAACUUUGGGAUGUUUGAUGAAUUUUGGCAUCGUCUGGCUUCACGAAAAGAGAUUCAAUGGUUCUGGAUCUACGUUACACGAUUCUGCAAAACAAGAAGGUAUCGCAAUAGCUGCUUUCGCUACCAGCAAGUUUACCUAUUCUUUGGCAUUGCUGUGCUGCUAUUAUUACGACUACUUCUGCAAAUUUAGACCCAACGGAACCUUUUCCGUGUUUCCAGUUAAAUUACAAAUCUCUUCCGGUACACAGGCUUACUAUCUGCAAGCUGACAUUUUACAACAUUUCAGAAAGGUGUAUUUCCAACUUUGCUUUAAGCACUUGCUAACGGAGGGUGAUAAACUUAUCAUAAACUCUAUGUGCUCAGUCGAGGAACAAGGCAUUUACUCUUUGCUUUCUAACUACGGUUCCCUGGUGACUCGACUUUUGUUUGCACCAAUCGAAGAAUCUCUUCGACUAUUUUUAACCAGACUUCUCUCGGUUCAGUCUAAUAAAAAUCUAAGGCUUUCCAUGGAGGUUCUCAUAAAUUUGACCCGUUUCUACCUCUAUCUGUCUUUGCUCAUCUGUGUUUUCGGGCCGACAAACUCGUCUUUCCUGUUGCAAUUUCUCAUUGGUUCCAAGUGGUCAAGCACUAGUGUACUCGACACCAUACGGAUUUAUUGCUUCUACCUCCCAUUCCUAUCCAUCAAUGGUAUUUUUGAGGCCUUUUUCCAAAGUGUCGCGUCGGGUGAACAAAUCCUCAAGCAUUCCUAUGCGAUGAUGCUAUUCUCGGGGGUCUUUCUCUCCAAUUGCUGGGUACUCAUCUCAUACUUUGGAAUGUCUCUCGAUGGUCUAAUCUUAAGCAAUAUCAUCAAUAUGGUUCUCAGAAUUGCCUACUGUUAUUGGUUUAUCAAUGGGUUUUACAAAGAUCUUUUUCUAGAGACUUCCGACCGGAAAUCUUUCCUACUGAAUUUCAAAAACUUGAAGGUCGCAUCUUUCGCAUCCAUCUGCAUUGCAUUGGCCAACUUUUACUUCAUUGGAACAGUGAGAAACUUCAAGCAUCUCGCCAUAAAUGCCGUCGCUGCUUUGGGUCUGCUUUGUCUAAUUCUCUACAAAGAACGGCAGCAAAUCAGGGCACUAGUCCAGCAAAAAUCCUUUGCCGAGCAAAAGGAGUUCUAG